UAAAUAUAUUACCUUACGUUUUUGGUCAGCAUACAGUUAUAGUCAACCAAAUAAUUAUGUUGCUUUAUCUUAUCUAUGUCACAACAAUAUAUAAGAAAGGUUGGGUAAACAUUUUUAACACAAACAAAAAAUGAAAAUGAUUAUCAACCUCUCUCUAAUAAAAAUGGUGGUUACUCUGUUUCUUCUUGCAUUUGGUCUUGUCCAGGCUAGGUACCCAACUUCCUCAACUGAAUCAUUUCAUUCUAUACCAGACAUAAGUGCAAAAACAUCAGUAAACCAAUAUCCCGGCGUGACACAUCCAUUUUUACCUCCAACACAUCCACCACCACCACAUAAAAACGUGCAGAUGUCAAUAAACCAAUAUCCAGGUGUGACACAUCCAUUUUAUCCUCCGUCACACGGGAAACAUCCACCACCACCACAUAAGAACGUGAAGAUGUCAGCAAACCAAUAUCCAGGUGUGACACAUCCAUUUUACCCUCCAUCACACGGAAAACAUCCACCACCACCACAUAAGAACGUGAAGAUGUCAGCAAACCAAUAUCCAGGUGUGACACAUCCAUUUUAUCCUCCAUCACACGGAAAACAUCCACCACCACCACAUAAGAACGUGAAGAUGUCGGCAAAUCAAUAUCCAGGUGUGACACAUCCAUUUUUACCUCCAACACAUGGAAAACAUCCACCACCACCACAUAAGUACGUGAAGAUGUCAACAAACCAAUAUCCAGGUGUGACACAUCCAUUUUUACCUCCAACACAUGGAAAACAUCCACCACCACCACCUAAAAAUGUGAAAAUGUCACCAAACUAAUAAUAUACAUAUAGUUUUGUCAUUCGGGUUAUAAAAGUUGCACCCCAUAAACUCAUAUGUUUUCUAAUUAAAAUAAAUGUAAUACAUGACAAUGUAAAACUUGUUUGGUAUUAUAGUCCAUUUUCUAUCAUAAAUAUAGUUUUGUCAUUCGGGUUAUAAAAGUUGCACCCCAUAAACUUAUAUGUUUUCUAAUUAAAAUAAAUGUAAUACAUGACAAUGUAAAACUUGUUUGGUAUUA